AUGUUUUCAUUUUAUUCACGCAUUUUCUUCCUUAAUUUCUGUUUUUUUUUUUCUUUUUCUGGCUACAGAUACUUCGAAAUGUUACCAGAACGACUUCUUCUUCUUGUCUCUUUCUGUCUUUUUUUCAUUUCUUAUUACUUUUCGUUUACUUCUUCCGUCCUUUUACAUUUAAUUCGUCGUCGCUGUCCUCCUUUUUCUUAUUUCCCUCCUUGUUGUUCUUCUAUUUCUCCUCCUCCUCUUUCUUCUUCUAGUAGUAGUAGUAUUACUAGUAGUACUACUAAUAUUAAUACUACUAAUUUUUUUUUUCAUCUAAUUCUCCUCCUAUUUAUUUAUCCUUCCUCUUUAUUUUCUUCCUUUUCUUUCUCGUUCUUUUUCUUGCAUCUUUUCUUUUUCUCAUGCUUCCUUUUUUUCUAUAAUCGCUUUUUAUUCUUUUUUCAUUGUAGUUUGCUUCCUAAUUUCUUUUUUCGCUCUGCCCUUCGUUUUUCUUUCGUUCUUCUUUUAGCUUUUAUUCACAUACUCAUUCUCUUCUUUCUUUUUCUUUUUCUUAUAAGCAACUUCUUUUUCAUUUUCUUCUUCUAG